AAAAUACGAAAGUUGAAAACUCGUGGGAUGUGAAGAAAAUCGAACUCCAUAUAUUCUCAAUCAGAUUCAGACAUCUUUUCUUCAUUGAUCUAGGAACCACAGAACUUAAUCCGAAUUUAAUUAACUCUACGAUCUCUGUGAAUUUGUAGGGUUUCCCAAAGGUAUUUACGAAACAACAGGAAUGGGAGGACUUUCUAUUAUAAAUUUAUCCUCUUCAGUUGGAAUUAGCUCUUGUCAGAGAUGGGGUAACGUCACUACUACUACUUUUUCCUCCCAAAUCUACCAGCUUGCAGUUCCCAAGUUUGAAACAAGCAGCGUCAGCUUUCGGAAUGGGUGUUCUCGCCUCAUUUGCUACUCAAAGCCAUCUGUUUUUCAAGAUUUUCAGGAUUAUGUGAGACCUGAACGUCUUCUGCCAUCCACUGAAGCAAGUAUCUUGACUGAGUCUUCACCAGAUGAUUUCAUUAAUCUCCUUGGAGGUGAUGAAUCUCGAUCAGUAUACUUCAUCAAAUUACGUACGAGUAGCUUCUCUGGUUCAUGUUUGAGCGAUAUAAAUGCUGGAGUAAUGUUUUGCUUGAUAGACGAAAAUGGUAACUCUCUAUUACAGAGAAUUGCAGCAAGUCCCAAGAAUGAAGAAUGUGGUCACAACUUCAGUUGCUUUCAGCGAGGUUCUAGUGACGAGUUUAAAUUUGACGGACCCAAACUAGGAAAAAUUGAAGCUGUUUGGAUCGGUCUUGAGUCAGGUCGUUGGAGGCUAGGAGGUAUCAACUUGAUUGUAAUCAAUGGGUGUCUACCUCAGUCCACUCAAGCUGAACAAGAAGGUAAACUAGACGCCAGCUGUGGCUUACAGUAUUAUUUUGACGUUGAGGAUGUCCACAUAGGAGAUGGCACUGACACGUCGAUGUUGGAACUGAGGCCAAGUACUAUAACCGAGUUAUCUGGAGACAUUUCGUCCUUAACAAAAGUGGGUAUUUGCGAUUCAACUUCAAUCAUUGACCGUGAAAAAUCUAAUGAAGAAAGCAUGGAAGAGUAUGGCGAUUUAAAAUUAUCUUUACUACUUUACGACUUCGUACUUAUAUUUGCUGGUUCCUGGAUCAUGGACAUCUCAGUAGGAGAGAGGGCAGGCCUUGCUUUUCUAACUGGUGGAGGUGUGGGCUUCCUUUAUCUAUUGUUAUUGCAGAGAUCAGUUGAUGGGUUAUCAGCUCCCUCGUCAGUUUCUUUGAAAAGGGAUAGUGAGAAUUUGAAUGAACUAUUGGCAGGACUAAAGGCCCCUAUUUCAGGAUUUGCGUUGGCAGUGGUGGUCGCCGUUGUGGUGGUAAAGUACGGGUCAGAUAUAUCACCGAUAGCUUUGACGCCAAAAGAAAUAUUGGUUGGGAUGACUGGGUUUCUUGUUUGUAAGGUGGCUGUUGUGUUGGCAGCUUUCAAACCCAUGUCGACGAGGGUGAAAUAAGACCAGGGAGUCAUCUUUUCUUUCUGUUCACAUUGCUGAUAGAGAUACAGUAAGCAACUCUGUAUAUACAUGUAUAUAUCAUAUUUCUUCACACUUUACUCCCGCCAUCCAAAACGCUACUUGUUAUUGUAAACCACUAGUGUGGGGCACGUGCAUCGCGUAUGCAAAGAUGGACAAUUGACGAGUUUCAAGUAUGUCAAAAGUUAA